AAAUAGUUCAACAUGCCAUGGCGGAUAAAAAAAAGCGUGCAGAUUUAAAAUAUACAUUUUACACAAAAUACUCAUGCAUGUCCCAUGUCUGCCAAACAAGAAACCAUAAAUGAGCUUACUGCUAUUUUUCCACAACACAAAAACGCAACCAUUAAAUACAUAUGUGACGAUGUUAUUGAAAAUGUAGGAGUAGAGAACUACGUGCUCGUGUUACCAUCUUGUAUAGAACGACUUUUAGAACUUCCUGAUGAUUUUGUGCUACCUAAUGCUUUCAGGGAUCCACAAGAUAAUCAGUUUUAUCCAGGUUUAGCAAGCAAUGUACCUAAUGGGACUGGGUAUGAAAAUAAGGUUUUACCAAAUAGUAAAGGUGAUAAAAGUUUGUUGCAAGAUCAAAUUGUGAACCUUGACAAGAUAAUACCUCUCAGGAGGGAAUCUUCCCUUCUUGAUUCCGAAGAUGAAAAAGCACCUGAUCCAGAUGGUGAUACAUCCAGUGAAGAGAUAGCUAAGGACUUGGAAACAUACCGUAACAGGAAAGUACCAACUUAUAGAGAACCUAUAAAAGAUGCAUCUGAUUCAUCAAGUAAUUCUCUUGGUGCUGAAUUAUUUCCAGAUGAUGAUGAAUUGUUUACCAGUCAGGAGGUUACCGUAUUAGAGGAACAAUCAACUAAGGCGGAACUGGUCAAACAUCCUGUUUAUGACAAGGAUGAUAUUUUAUUUAUUGGUGCAUCUGGCAGUAAAAACACUGGUUGUCUUUCAACACCAAUUCUAAAUGAAAAUAGAAAACGUAAACAAGAAUACUCAUACAGUGAACCUCCGCCAUCCAAAAAGCCUUUAAAUAGUAAGCAGAGUUUUUGUGAGGAAAAAAAUAACUUAAGUGGUGUGUUUACAUUCUUGGAUAAUGUUGAUAAACCAGAGACUAAAAUAAAAAUACAGGACAAAGAAUCAAAUUCUGCAGCAUCUAAUAGAGCUGAAAAAUCAAAUACUUUAUUUAGUAAAAGCCCUAAAGUCAAUAAUAGCACUGUAGGUCACAGUGAGGAGUGUCUACCAGCAGAAAAUAAUAAAACGCCACAUCCAAAUAAAAUAAAAACAAGCUCUUCUUCAACUUCUCUACCAAGCUGCAAUUCUCAAACACCAACUUCCAGUACUUUUACAGUUGCUAAACCUGAGCAGAAAGAUUUUUCCAUGCUGACUAGAGAUAUGCCUGGAUAUUUUGAAAAUGCUAGAAACCAAAUAAAAUCAAUUAUCGAAGAUGUUGACAUUAAAUAUUUAGAGAAAUUAAUAAAAGAUCAACCAGGAACACUAAAUCUUACUGAACUUGUUAACAGUUUGGUGGUUUACCUGUUAGACUUCAAAGAUUAUACAAAAGCAGAAAAACUAAGACCAAGCCCAGGUCAAAGUGGACAGAGUUCAUCUUCAUAUAGUUGGGAUUAUCGCCACCAAGUUGUUAUGGUUCUGCAGAAUAACUUCCCACAGGUGUCAACAAAGGUAAUUCGAAAUAUGUUGGCAAACAACAAAAAUUGUUAUAAAGCAUCUUUCUGCAAGUUAGACAGUGCUUUAAAAAAAAUCCAAUCUGGAGAAGCAAAAGUAGGGCAAACUGUUAUUGGUUCAUUUAUGAAAGGACGAAGGAAAAGUAUUGUUUUACCAUCCGAGCUUGAUACGCAGCUACAGCAAGAUAUUGAGAGCUUGAAAAAAGAGAAACACUCUGAAGUUGAAAAAGAUAAUUACAAAGCAGCUGUUGCUUUAAAUAUGGAACAAUAUGAAGAGGAGGGUCAGGCUAUUGAAUGUGGAUGUUGCUAUGGUGAUGCAGCAUUCGAAGACAUGAUUCAAUGUCUUGAGGGUCAUCUCUUCUGUGUGGAUUGCUUACAGCGCUAUUCCAAGGAAGCAACAUUUGGUGAAGGGAAUAUUCAUCUGUCUUGUAUGACGGAUGGAUGUGACAGUACCUUUCCUUUUAGUCAAAUGAAGAAAGCAUUACCUGAAAGUAUCAUGCAGAGAUAUUACGAGCGAGUAAAAGAUGAAGAUUUGAAGCUAGCAAACAUUGACAAUCUAGUUAGAUGUCCUGGAUGUGAAUUUGCAGCAGAAAUGGCAGAUGGUGAUAAAGUGUUUCGUUGUCAAAAUCCAUCCUGUUUGAAGGAGACAUGUCGAUAUUGCCAAGAAGAAUGGAAUGAACAUUUUGGACUGCCUUGUAAAGAAGUGGAGAAGAAAACUGUGAAAAACCUUCGUACAACAUAUGAAGAGAAGAUGACGGAAGCAAAAGUGCGUGCAUGUUGGCAGUGCAAAACAAUAUUCUUGAAAUCAAGUGGAUGUAACAAGAUGACAUGUCGAUGCGGAGCAAAAAUGUGUUACAUCUGCCGACAAGCAAAAAUUGACUAUGGACAUUUUUGUCAACAUUUUCGUGAACCAGGACAUGGGUGUACAAAAUGUACAAAAUGUAGUCUAUGGACAGAUCCAACGGAGGAUGAUGAUCGAGCUGUGGCUGAAAUACAAAAAGAAGCAGAAGAAGAAAGGAAGAGGUUGGAUGUUGAUGUUAGCGGUUUAUCAGCACCAAUUGGUCCAAAAAUCGAGGCAAAGGAAAAGAAGCAAAAUAAAGACAAUAAACCACCUGGUGAAGCAGAAAACGGUGUAGAAAAUAGACGUCUUCAGGAGGAGCAAGAACGUGUGUUGCAGUUGCAUGAACAGCAAAGAAGGCAUGCAUACCAGUUAGUCCAACUCAAUAUUCAACGACAACGACAGGCGCGGCGUAUUAACUGGGAACGUGAAAGGGCGGAAAGACGACGGCAACAACAACAACAGGAGAGGGCGGAACGCCUACCCCAAAUAAAUGAAAGGGUCAGACAGCCACGCGAGAGGAUGCAUAACCAACCACAAUAUCCGGAAUUGCAGCAUGAUCAGCCACAAAAUCCGGACCGGAUGGAAAGACGCCAGCCUCAAUGGGCGCAACUUCUGCAACAAGAACUUGAAGGAAUGGCGCAGCAACAACGUGAAUGGGCGGAACAUCGAGCUGGUUUUCCGUAGCAGCAACAACAACAACACACACAGGAUGGUACACUUGGAGUUAUCUCAAAUGUAGGCCAAUUUCUUUCAUCAAAAUCGUAGUUAACAAAGCAUGUUGAAUGCGCUGACCUUACCAAAUUAUGUAGUGCUCUGAAGUAAUGGAACUAAUACAUUUCUAAAAAUUGAAUACUGAAACAUAAUCAUUAGGACAGUAGUAUGUAGUAGUUGCGUGGUCGCAAUAAGAGUCUGUGACGUCAUCUUCAUUUUCUCUCUUAAAGAGCAAACAAGGGAAGUUGAUCUUCAGGCAAAUCCAACGCAAUAACAAAACGGAACGGAUUGGACAAUUGUGUUGGUCGCCGCUCUUUUGAUGUGUUCACCGUAACCUUGGCAUCUGCCGUAGUUAUCGCUCUUUUACUGUGUUUACCGUAGCUGCUCUUUCGCCGCGUUCGUCGUGCCGUUAAUUUUUGCGGUUGUCGUUUUUGCUACAUCUGUUCGACUUAUAUCAUGUUUAAGAUCAAUUUCCCUUGUUAGAGAUGAGGGUGAUGAUGACAGUGAUGAUGACAGUGAUGAUGACAGCAACGAUGAUUCGUCUGAGGAAACUGACGGCGAAGAUUAUAAUUACUGGGAACGAAGAAGGUGGCCUGGUGUUUACUGUUUACACAGUGGCUUAUCUUCCGAUUCUUCUUCCUCGGAUGAUGAUUGACGAAUCAAACCCGCUGUGAGACCUCGAUGAAUACUUUAUACCAAGCAAACGUGGAAUAUGAAGCAACGAAACUUUAUUUUUGUUACUGUUUUCAUGCCAAAAACAAUCACAGGUUUGCUUGUUGUUGUUACGUGAGAGUGGUUCUUGAUGAAGUCAUCCUGUUGUGUUGUUUAAAGCCUGCUUUACACUUGCCAUUUACAAUAGUUGUAUAUCUAUAACAUUUUUUUAAAUGUUCAAUUAUAUUAAAUGAAACGCCAGAUGCCAUGAAGUUAUUUAUUUUGGGGGUUUCUGUAAUGUUUUGUAUCGUAAAAACCAGUCUUUAUAUUUUUUUGAACAUUGUUGAUAAUAGAACUGUAUAUUUUGUAAACUGUUGGAAAAGAAAAUUAUCGCUUUA